CUUUGCCAACCAUCACAUCACAAUCACUCUGUUUCUAUUUAUUUUCAGAACACAGAACACUCCCGUGCAGCUAGAUAGCAGAUAGAUAGAGCACCAUGGUGGUGGGUGUGAUUGCUGGUGUGGCGAUUGGUGCCGCGGGUACUUGGCUGAUUACGUUGUUCAAAAAGCGAGAUGGCAGCUUGCCACAAGGAGAACAACAGCAGCAGCAACAGCAAGUUCUGGAACUGUCCCAAUUGACAAAUAAUGGAGGAGGACCGAUGCCCCAUGUGGCGUUGGAAUCGAGUUCAUCGUUGCUGUCCGCCUUGUUGUACCAGCUGUGGCCGCAUCUGAAUACGAUGAUGGGAUCGACCGUGAAGGAAUCGUUGGACAAGACGUUUGCAGAAUCCUUACCGUCCGCACUACAAAAGAUGCACGUGGUCAAGUUGGAUUUGGGCGCCCAACCGAUUCGGUUCGAGAAUUUUGUGGUGCAUCCCUUGAUGGAUAGCAGCGACUGUCUCAAGAUUGAACUAGAAAUCAAUUGGGAUUCUUCGUGUGACGUGUUGAUUGGCGGAAUUCCUCCCGGCAACAAUACCAUUGGCGUCAAAUCGAUCAAGUUGGAGUCGCGAUUGGUCCUCGUUUGUCGGCCCAUUUUGAAGCAAGCACCCGUCGUGGGAAGUCUCCAAUUGGCAUUUGUCAAUCCUCCCUUUAUCAAUCUCGAUUUCACCGGUCUGGCCAAUAUUGCCGAUUUUGCCAAUAUUCGACCCAUGGUCGACAAGGCCAUUCAAGAUGGACUCGCCGCCUCUCUGGUACUCCCGCAACGCAUGUUUAUCCCCAUUGCUGCUGAUCAGUGCGAUUUCAUUCAAGCCUAUCAACGACCCUUGGGGGUACUACGUGUGCGACUUGUGCGUGGAAAAGACUUUCCCGUGCUCAAAAAAGGAUUGGGCAUGCGGGAUGUGCCCGAUGUCUAUUGUUCGCUGCAACUGGGCGGUAGUGACUUGUGGAAAUCGUCCGUGUGCCAAAAUUCCACCACACCGGAAUGGAAUGACACGGUCGAUUUGCUCGUGUCGGAUUACGGACAAUUACUGGCGUUGCAUGCCUACGAUACCGACAUGAUGACGGAACACGACAUGGGGACCGUAUCGUGUACCGCCGGACAGUUGCUGGCGGAAAAUACCCACAAGGAUGCCACCACCAAAGAACUCGUCUUGGUGGCUACCACGGAUCCCAAAGAUCCAACCAUCAUUGUCACACCCAAAGCAUCCUUGGGAGGCAAGGUUACGAUCGAGUACGAAUUCUUGCCCUUUGAAAAUGAUGUUACCAGUAUUCUGCAAAGCAAACCUAUUUCCGACAACGGUGCAACAACAACAACGAACAGUAAGAUGCCCCGUAUGCUGCAAAACAAGCUUUCUAACAACGGCGGCGCAACAACAAAGGACAGCACAAUGUCCGGCCUUCUCCUUGUCUUUGUGGCAAAAUUGGACAAUCUACCCGUCGCUGAUAAAACCGAGGCCGCGUCCUAUAUCAAAGUGACUGUUCUAGGCAUGGAAUUCAAGACCAGCGUCGUCAAGUACAAUCCAGAAGCAGCACAAGAAGCAGACGAAGCCAGCAAGGAAGACAACAACAAGGAAGAAGAAGGAGAAGCAACAACGAAGGACGAGGACCAAAAAGCCGUCGAUGCAUGUCUCCAUCCCGUCUACAAUGCGGCAUUUCAAAUUCCCAUUCCCGUCAACCAACCGCCGCCAUCCGGUGGCAUUGUCUUUGAAUUGAUCAAUGGCGACACGUCUCUAGGAACCAAAAAUAUUCCACAUGAACUAUACAUGGCCAUGCAGGACGAACUACAUCAAUCGACUCUCAAUAUCGGUGGGGCCAUUCUUCAUUGUGGUGUCCAAGCACUGGGGUUGCCAGUAACAACCACAGCAGCAGCAGCGGAAACAACAACAACACCUGGUGAUCCCAAUAAUGUAUAAAAAUCUAUGUCCUCCCCUAGCUAGCGAACUUGAGACCUACAGUACAUGCUCUAUAGAGCUUC